CCAGCCAUGGCCGCGUGCAUUUUGAAGAAUGUCUCCAGCUGUGGUUUUAAAUUACUUUUGCAUACUCCAAGACAUGUAGUCAAGUCUAAUAUACGUGCAAGACAGUUCUGUGUGUCAGUCAAAGUACUUGCAGAUCGUUAUUACACCGACAAGCAUGAGUGGAUUAGUGUUGAUGGAAACACUGGUAGAGUAGGAAUUUCAGAUUAUGCUCAGGAUAAACUUGGAGAAGUGGUGUAUGUCCAGUUACCUGAAAUUGGACAAGAACUUGAAAGAGAUGGUGAGUGCGGUUGUUUGGAGAGUGUGAAGGCUGCCAGUGAGAUUUUCACUCCGAUGGCUGGUACAGUCACAGAAAUCAAUCAUCUUGUCUCAGACACACCAAAGCUCAUCAAUGACCAUCCGUAUAGUAAAGGCUGGUUAUUUGAACUAAAACUGUCGGACUCUAGUCAACUCAAAGAAUUGAAGAAUGAGGACCAGUAUAACGAAUACAUCAAAUCCCUCGACUAGACUCUGCCCUUUUUACAGAGUGCUGUCAAACCUCAGUAAUCUGACAAAAACAAAAUUCCUACUAUGUAGAUUAAUUAAUUGAUUAUUAAUUAACAAACAAGCUCUUCACAUUUUAUAUUUGACUGGACACUGCCACUACUACCAUUAACACAGAUAUGCUCUUAGUUUUUCAUCCUUGACUGGAUAACACUUUUUGUUUUCUUCUGACGUCAAACCAGAUUGAAAUUAUUUCCAAAAGUCAGGUACUUUUAGUGCAGUAAUGUAUAAUGUUCGAAAUUUACUUUUUCAUUUUCCAUAAUGAACUACAAAAUCAAGAAAUAGUAACUCUUAUACUUAUUGUUGAUGUUUUAUAGAAGAAAAUAUGAUUGAAGUUAAUAUGUAAUUGAUAACAUGUAACAGUUAGAGACUUGGACAUCAAAAUAUUCCUUUGCAACUUGCCAGACCUAAACACGGCUUCGGUGUGUUUUGGGCCUCAGUUGAGAAUAGUUUUCUGUUUAAUGUAAUAACAGUCUUCGCCAGGAAAGGGAAGUGGUCACUCCCACUGCCCUCCACACUCCCCUGUAAAGUUUUAGGUGAGCAGUAAACUGAUCACUUUGCAAUAACUUAAUAAAUUUCAUUUGAAACAAUGUAAUUGCUCGCCUAGAACCAUUUCAGGCGAGUGAUCUUCAACUCACCUUGAUUUUACUCAUGCCAAAGACUGGAUAACAAAAAGAAAAUAUCACUUGGAUUUCUACGUUGACGUUUUGAUAAUCCCACAUACAUACACAUUUUAGUAGAUAACUUUGAGCAGAAUUAUCUUCAUUAAUGAGUUGAGGAUUUCUUCUUUCAUUUUUGACGACUCUUCACGUAUAUAAACAAUUUUGUACAGAAACUUUAGCAACACUGUCUGGAUUAACGAGGUUUCACAGUACAGUAAUUUUUGUUUUCCUUUUCUUGUUUUUUUUAAAAAUAUUUGAUGUACAUGCUGGGUUCUUGUUUUGAAAACUUAAAGCCGGUUAGAAUACAGAUAAUAAGCAGCAAAUUGUUGCAUUCUGGCUUAUCGGACUUUGCUGAGAGCCAGUGACAAUGAUGUCAUAAAAAUACGAACCCAGACAUGAAUCUAAUUCAAUACUGCUGAUGAUCUUUUCAAUAAUAAACAUUUGUAGUCUCAAGGCCAUAGGAAGUGGUACGGUCGGUCAGUCUUUGAUCUUAUUUUUAACUUGAAAAAAUUAACAACAAAACCCCCAAACUUACUGCGAUAUCCUGCUUGAGUUAUAAUAUCGUCAAACUCUGUAUCAAAAACAUAAAUAUUUGCUUCAAAAUGACACAGAAUACAGCAAAAAGUAUUGCAUUUUGAAAAAACAAAUAUGGAUAGGGCAUUAUUUUGCAUCAUUCACACACAGUGAAAUGAAAACAAGCCUUACGAAUACUUGUUGGCUUCCUAUGGGCUCGGGUCCGCUAAAUGAAUGACUUGCGAGAAGCUGUAGUUUUGUUUAAGCUACAGGGAAGAGUUCAGUUCAGCUAUCCAGUCUUCCAUUCACCGUGCAAUGUAAAUGAUUUGUUAGUGAUCUUUUUAAUGUGUCUUUGCUGUACAAUGACUGAAUUUAACCUGUCUAUAAGGACCGCCCUAGAGACUUAAACAUUACUACAGGUAGAGUAAAAUAGUUUAAUGGUGACGGAUCUUGGUUUUAUCCUGUGAAUUUAAGAAGAAAAAACCUUGCUUUUGCCAAGUGAAAUUCAUUCUGAUUUGCUACUCCGAUUUAAGGGAUAGCUACACAGUUUUAUAGAAUAUGUCAUCAUUAACUAGCUGUUGGUUUUUGUUCUAUAGUCCAGCAAAAAGAAGGGGGAAAUUGUAAUUAUUCCUGUUGAUAUCCUGAUUAUGAUGAAACUGACAUCUUUUAUCAUUAACCGGCUAUUAGUUUUGUGCUACAUGUAGAUUUCAGCAAAUAAAACAGAGAAAUCGUAAUUAUUUUUAAUUGUUGAUAUCCUGAAUAUGAUAAAGGUGACGUCUUUCAUUUGAUUCUUUAAGUCACAUCAUGGCUACUAAAUUUACCUGUACCAAUAUCACAUGUGAUUUCACAUAGACAAAGUGCUAUAUCGACAUAAAAUGACAGUACAGGUGUGAACUAUAUAUAUACUUGUUUAUCCAGAGAAAUUUAAACAAUAUUUUGAAAUGUUACUUUACAUUAGAUGCUGCAGAUAUUUUAGCUUGUAACCAGUCUAAUUAAAAUUAGCUCCGCUAUUACAUGUGGAUCUAACAGCAGCCCGUUGGAGCUCAUGUCCAGUUGACCUUUCAUUCGAGCAAUCAAAACCAUACUUGCAAAAUCAUGCC